AUCUAUAGGUCCGGUUUUUCCGAAAUCGCAACGGUGGAUUUUCCAAAGAGCAAUUUGAAAGCAUAAGUACUCUGUUUUUAACAACUGGAGAGCAACUACUGAUUUCAGAUCAUUUCAUUUGUAGCUGAGAAAAGAUACUUGUUUUCCUGCACUAUGUUUCUGGCACUUAAAUCGUUCUUUUUACUUACGGUUAUUGCUUUACAAGCUCGUGGAAAUGAGACUUAUGAUUGUAAUCACAGUGAAAGAUCCGAGUCUUAUUUAGAUGCAGCAGUGGAUAUGAUAGGAAAGGCAAAGAUCUUCUUUCCCACUUGCCCAAAACUACCAAAUAAAACAGAAUUCCGACCAAUGGAUUGCGAGGAGGUGCUUAGUAGUGGUCGCAACAAUAGUGGUAUCUUCACUAUCUGGCCGAGGAGCAGACUGACCAAUGGUAGGCCACUGGAAGUGUAUUGUGACAUGGACACGGACGGAGGAGGAUGGACAAUGAUACAAAGGAGAGGGGAUUUCGACAGACCAAAAGAGUUUUUUUUCAAAGACUGGGCCAGCUACAAACAAGGGUUUGGUGAUGUAGCUAAGGAUUUCUGGUUAGGAAAUGACAACAUAUAUGCUCUGACCAAUCAGCGCCUCUACUCGAUUCGUUUCGAUUUCCAAGCCGUUGAUGGGGAAAAAAGAUACGCGCUCUAUGAUAUCUUCUGGAUAGACGAUGAAAGAAGCAAGUACGCAAUAAAUAUCAAGGACUACAGUGGCAAUGCAGGAGAUUCCAUGAAUGUGAAGCAUGAUAAUCAGAAGUUUUCCACAAAGGACCAAGACAACGACAGUCACAAAGACCAUCACUGUGCUUUGUCGUAUAAGGGCGGUUGGUGGUACAACGCAUGCCACGACUCUAAUUUGAAUGGGUUGUACCACCGGGGCCCACACGAAAGCCAUGCUGACGGAGUGAACUGGAAAGCCUUCAAGGGCCACAAGGAAUCUUUGCUAACCUCCGAAAUGAAAAUACGUCCAAAGAAUUUUAGAAGUCAACUACAUUUUGCUGAAACCCCCUCUUUUGUUUAAUAAUUUCGUGGGGCCUUUGCCAUUCUCCUCAAGUUUAAUAAACUGAUACGAAGUGUAGUUUCAUGAAAGAAUUGCAUUACUGUUUUUUAAAUAUGAAACAUAAUGCAGUUAGAAAAAACUCAUUUCUUGAUGUUCUUAAAUUUAUUUUCAAAUUCAUUGAUCGUAUACUCUAAUAAGUAUGUCGUGAUUUCUUAAUCAUUCUGAAAAUAAAGGAUUUUUUUGAUUUCUUAA